AUGGUCUCCGCCUCAAAAGCUGCCCGCCAGGCGAAGCGCGCCGCCGACGGCGAUGCGAAGCCCAAGAAGACGGCCACGUCCAAGUUGUCGUCCAAGGCCAACUCCAAGAAUGCCUCCAAGGCCAACUCUGAGAACGGCGACGAGGCCGAGGACCUCGAGCUGAACGAGGAGGUCAAGAAGCUGACCAUGCAGGAGGACAAGCACGGUCUGUCCGACCGCGUCACCACCGGUGUGCUCGCCUCGCUCGAGCAGUCGCGCGAUGUCAAGAUCAUCUCUGCAUCGCUCGUGUUCCACGGAAAGGUCCUCUUCAACGACUCCACUCUCGAGAUCAACUACGGCCGCCGAUACGGUCUGUUGGGUGAGAACGGUUGCGGAAAGACGACCCUGCUCAAGGCCAUCGACAAGCGCGAGUUCCCCUUCCCAGAGCACAUCGACAUCUACCUGCUGAACAUGGGUGCCCCCAAGACUGAGCUGGGUGCCCUGGAGUGGGUUGUGCGCGAGGCUGAGAACGAGCUGGCCCGUCUCGAGAAGCUGGCUGAGGAUAUCCUUGAGAAGGACGGCCCCGAGAGCCCCCUCCUUGACGACAUUUACGAGCGUCAAGAAGACAUGGACCCGUCCACCUUCCACACCCGCGCAUCCCUCAUUCUUACCGGUCUCGGUUUCAACAAGGUUACCAUCAACAAGAAGACAAAGGACAUGUCCGGUGGAUGGCGUAUGCGUGUUGCCCUCGCCAAGGCGCUGUUCGUCAAGCCCGCCCUGCUGCUGCUCGACGACCCCACUGCCCAUUUGGACUUGGAGGCCUGUGUGUGGCUCGAGGAGUACAUGAAGAAGUGGGAGCGCACCCUGGUUCUCGUGUCCCACUCCAUGGACUUCUUGAACGGUGUCUGCACAAACAUGAUCGACAUGCGUCAGAAGAAGCUCCUCUACUACGGAGGUAACUACGACACAUACCACAAGACUCGUACCGAGCAGGAGGUCAACCAGACCAAGGCCUACGAGAAGCAGCAAGACGAGAUCAAGCACAUCAAGAAGUUCAUUGCUUCCGCUGGUACUUACGCCAACUUGGUCAGGCAAGCCAAGUCUCGCCAGAAGAUUCUGGACAAGAUGGAGGCCGAUGGUCUGAUCGAGCCCGUUGCCGUCGACCGUGUCUUCACUUUCCGUUUUGCCGACGUCGAGAAGCUGCCCCCACCUGUCCUGUCGCUUGACGACGUUACCUUCUCUUACUCUGGAGAUGCAAAGGACAACCUGUACGAGAACCUGGACUUCGGUGUCGACAUGGACUCUCGAACAGCUCUUGUCGGGCCCAACGGUGUUGGAAAGUCCACCCUUCUCAACAUCUUCACCGGAAAGCUCAGCCCCACAUCCGGUGUUGUGUCGCGCCACACUCACUUGAAGCUCGGUGUGUACAGCCAGCACUCUGCUGAACAGCUUGACCUCACCAAGUCUGCCCUUGACUUCGUCCGUGAUAAGUUCCACCACAUCAGCCAGGAUCUUCAAUACUGGCGCCAACAGCUCGGUCGCUACGGUAUGACUGGUGAGGCACAGACAUCGAAGAUGGCCACUCUGUCCGAUGGUCAGAAGUCCCGUAUCGUCUUCGCUCUGCUCGCUAUUGAGGGACCCAACAUGUUGUUGCUUGACGAGCCUACCAACGGUCUGGAUAUCCCUACUAUUGACAGUUUGGCGGAUGCCAUCAACGCCUUCAGCGGUGGUGUCGUUGUUGUUUCCCACGACUUCCGAUUGCUUGACAAGAUCGCGAAGGACAUUAUGGUGUGCGAGCACAAGACCGUCCGCAGGUGGGACGGAACCAUUGGCGAGUACAAGGACCAUCUCCGCAAGAAGAUGGCGUCGACUGGUGCUCUCUAA